AUGAUGCCCCCGAGUAGCGCACCUGCUCCUUCUGAUCCUGCUGGGCCUUCCGAUUCCAGCAGCGCCUACACGAGGUUGCACAUUACUCCAUUCGACCAAGAGCUCGUCAAGGUCAUCCUCCCCUCUGCAGUCCUGCCAAAGGCCCGUAACAUCUCCUACCACACGAUCGAGACCUUCCACGAGAAGCGUUACGGUUUUGUCGAUCUUCCCGAGACCGAGGCUGAAAAGAUCAAGAAGAAAUUGAACGGUGCCGUGCUGAAAGGAGCCAAGAUGAGGAUAGAGAAGGCGCGCCCUGAGGAGGACUAUAUGCCCGUUCUUGGUGACGAGGAGGACAAGGGAAAGAAGAGGAAGAAGAAGUCCAAGGAGCAGGAGGAGGGCACCAAAAAGAAGCGGAAGCGCGAUCAUAACGUCGUCGAGGGUGUCGAACUGCGUGAUCGCAAGGUCAAGCGAGGAUGGACUGUUCCCGAAGAGGCCAAGAUCCGGGAGAAGAAGAGCAAGAAGGACAAGGAAAAGAAGGAUAAGAAAGACAAGCACAAGAAGCGGGAGGAGCGCUCCAAGUACACCGACAGGGAGGAGUGUCUAAUCAAGACCAAGUUGCCCGCGAAGCUCCCAGCAACCACGCCGACUGAUGGAGAUGAUGAAUCCGAGCGGAAGAAGCGCAAGAAGAAGUCGCGCGAAGUCGUCAUUCACGAGUUCGAGAAGACGACCAAGUUCCCUACAUUCCUGAAGGCUAGCAAGCCUGCUCCCUCUGAGUCUCUUACCACUGAGUUUGUCGAGGGCAAAGGAUGGGUUGAUGCCGAAGGCAACGUAAUUGAAUCGGAAAAGACGAGAAGAACUGCAAGUGCGCCUGUUCCAGAAAGCGAGGCCCCGAAGAAGAAGAAGAAGGCUCCCAAGGCCCCCACGCCGCCCCCGCAAGACGAUGACACGACCAGCAGCAGCGGUACUUCAUCUGACGAGGAUAGCUCCUCAGACGACAGCUCGGACGAGGAAACGGAAGUCAAGGCGAAACCGGCGACACCUGCAAAGAAGCAAGUCGAGACGUCAAAACCUCCGUCGAAGCCUGUUGAGGAUGACACUACGAGCAGUAGCGGUAGUUCGUCUGAUGAAAGCUCGGACGCAGACUCUGACGAUGAGAUGGAAGACGCAGACAAGGUUGCUGCGCCGCCGGUUCUUGACAGCCCACUGGCCGCCCUCCGAGCAUCUGACUCCUCUCGCCCCAGAUCAUCCGGCUCCAACGUGAGCUUGACAAUCAAGAUACCCCCGCCUGCCACACCGGCCAAGAUUCAUCCUUUGGAAGCCCUUUACAAGCGGCCCAAAGCCGACGACAACUCAACUCCCCAGCCCGUCGAGGAGGCAGAGCCAUUCAGCUUCUUCGGCGCUGGUGGCGACGAUGACUUGGAAGAAGAAGAAGACGCCGCGCCCACAAGCCAACUUCCCAUGACACCCUUCACUAAGCAGGAAUUUGAGUGGCGCAACGUCAGGAGUGCGGCGCCCACGCCUGAUACAGCACACCCCAACCACACGAAGCCUUUCUGGGCUAUUGGCCACGAGGAAGACGACGAGGAGGAUGACGAGGCGACGCAGCAGGAGAUCGAAGCCACCCUGAACGCCGAGCAGAACGCCGCUGAUGCGGAGGGCAGCGUCCCUGCCGGCGAGUUCCAGAAGUGGUUCUGGGAGAACCGUAGGAAUCUGAACCAGUCGUGGAUGAAGCGCCGGAAAACGGCCGCGAAGGAGAAGAGACACAAGGAUAACAAGACCCGCGCGUCCAAGGCUGUAUAG